CGAAUUCCUCAAUGCCCCAAAACCCCCAGUCAAGUCUCCGGCCUCUGCAAGAGAGACAAACCUGAAUUUCUAGAGAGAGAGAGAGAGAGAGAGAGAGGUAGAUGUAUAAUUAAUUAGUUAGAGAGAGAGAGAGAGAGAGAUAGCCGAGGUAGGGAGUCCGGAAAAUUGUAGCGAGAGAGUGUAGUAUGGGAAGCACCUUUCUCUCUCUACCAGCGAAGCGUUCAAUUUCUUCGACAAUGUCCUCCUCUUCCUCCGAGCCCAGCUUAGAAAACGGAUCCUCCAAGCGCUCCAGGCCGCGCCAGCAGCAGGCUCCGCUCACUGUUCCUCCCGGCCACGUCGCCUUCCGCAUGCUCUGCCACGCCUCCCGCAUCGGCGGCGUCAUCGGCAAGUCCGGCACCGUCAUCAAGCAGCUCCAGCAGGCCACCGGCGCAAAGAUCAGAAUCGAGGAGCCGCCCCAACUCGACUCGCCGGACCGGGUCGUCGUCGUCAUCGCUCCCAGCGCAAUCCGGUCCAAGAUUGUGCUCAGUGGAGACCAAGAGAUUGAGGUUUCCAAGGCGCAAGAGGCGCUUUUGAGAGUGUUCGAGAGGAUUCUAGAGGUGGCGGCGGAGACCGGAGCGAUAGGAGUAGGGGUUGGAGUGGUGUCUUGCCGGUUUCUGGCGGGGACGGCGCAGGUCGGCUCGGUGAUAGGCAAGGGCGGCAAGGUGGUGGAGAAGAUUAGAAAAGAGACUGGCUGUAAAAUUAGGGUCUUGAAUGAGAAAUUGCCCGUUUGUGCUGCUCCUUCUGACGAGAUGGUUGAGAUAGAAGGGGAUAUUUUGGCUGUAAAGAAAGCACUUGUUGCUGUCUCCGGCCGUCUUCAAGAUUGUUCACCAGUUGACAAGACAAGGAUGACUGGAAGUAGGCCUAUUGAGACAGUUCCUCGUGAAACUUUACCUGAUAGUCGUGUAGAUCACCUUUCACAGAGGAACUCAGUGAUUUCCAAUUUGCCGAGCAGCUCCAUGAGUUAUGCUUCAGGAGUUCGUCCGCCAUCGAUAGAGGCUGAAAGGAUCUCAACACUCAAUACAAGAACGCUCCAGCAGGAAGUUACUUUUAAGAUUCUUUGUGCCAAUGAUAGGGUUGGGGGUGUCAUUGGAAAGGGGGGUGCCAUUGUCAGGGCUCUUCAGAAUGAGACUGGUGCUACUAUUAGUGUUGGAGGAUCUGUGGCCGAGUGUGAUGAAAGAUUAAUUACUGUUACUGCAUCAGAGAAUCCUGAGGCCCGCUACUCGCCAGCACAAAAGGGUCUUGUUCUUGUCUUCUCAAGGUCUGUAGAGGCGGGCAUUGAAAAGGGGCAAGACUUGAGCUCCAAAGGGUCACCUCUUAUUGCGCGCCUUGUUGUCCCGACAAGCCAAGUUGGUUGUUUGCUGGGAAAAGGGGGUGUAAUAGUUUCAGAGAUUCGGAAGGUAACUGGUACCAGUAUACGGAUAAUAGGUGGUGACCAGGUCCCGAAGUGUGCCUUAGAGAAUGACGAAGUUGUACAGGUUUCAGGAGAUUUUUCAAAUGUGCAAGAUGCUUUGUACAAUAUUACUGGUAGGUUACGAGAUAACCUUUUCUCCAACACAGUAAAUAAUUCUGGAAGGAGGAAUAGUUCAGCCGUGCUAACAGAUACCAGUCCUUAUGGAAGACUCAGGGAUCCUGCUCCUAUUGGAUUUCAGCCUUCUUCAUCAGUUGGUGUUACUCAUGGUCUCGGUCGACAUACUACUCUAACUCAAAGUAUGGAUCAUCUUGGACUUUCCCAUAAUUUAGAUCAUCCUUCUUCACCAAGGCCAUGGGCAUCACAGAUGGUUGCUCCAAGGGGAAUCUCAGAUACUGGUAGGGGUUUGACUUCUCUAAAAAGUGGCUCGGAUCUUGGCAGUGGAAGCAAAUCUGCCAUUGUGACAAAUACAACUGUAGAGGUCAUAGUUCCUGAAAAUGUUAUUAGCUCAGUGUAUGGAGAGAAUGGCACCAAUUUGGCUCGACUGAGACAGAUUUCCGGUGCCAAGGUCAUAGUGCAUGAACCCCGUCCUGGAACAACUGAUAGGAUUAUUGUCAUAUCUGGGACACCUGACGAAACCCAGGCAGCACAGAGCCUCCUCCACGCAUUCAUUCUCACCGGUCCAUCAUGACAAAUAACACUUAGUCAUGAUACACAUUGGCAAGAGAAGACUCUGGGUCACUUGGCAAUUGGUUUUUGUUUAUGUCAAAUAUUGUAACACUAAAAUAAGAAGAAGAUUCAAGGAUCCUAUUUAAUGUCAAUCUAGAGAGCUGGAAAAAGUUAAUUUUGCUCUAAUGGCCAUUGUGUUAGUCAGUGUGCGCAGGUUUAUUAUGUAAUUGUUAGAAACAUAGUGAAAAAAGUUUGAUAAGAGUAUUUGAUACUCUUUUACAACCGGUCUUAAAUCUUUUUUUCUUUUAUUUUUAUUUUUUUUAAAAUUAAUUCUUCAGUUUGUUGCUACUUUCACAAAAUUGAUUUCUCAACUUCUUUAUACUUCAUUAUUAUUAUUAUUAUUAUUAUUAUUAUUAUUAUUAUUAUUAUUAUUAUAAGUUUUGACUCUGUCCUUUAAUUUGUGAUUUCCAUAUCAAGUUUUAAUCGUCUUUCAUACUUGAAAAUUAAACACAAAUAGCCAUGGCCAACCACAAUCUCCAUGACUCGACCGUUUUUUAUUGUAUGAAUAUACGAUUUAAUGAUUAAAACAAAGCCAUGACGAACCACAAUGUCCUUGGCUGAUGUUCAGGCCAGUAAGGGGAAUUUUUUUUUUCCUGCAAUUUGAAUAAGAAAUUAGCAAAUCGAGCUCCUCCUUGACCCUAGAUUUCCUCCUCAUCCACCAACUUGAAUACACUCUCAAGCUGCUUGGCAAUAAUGAUCAUGAUGAUUCUAUACUUCAACAAUCACCUACUCAGAAAUGGAAUCUUUUGUGUCUUUAAUUUAUUUUUGUGAUCUGAUGUUCCCUGGUUUUUGGGUUUUUUGUUGCUGGACUCUAUUCCAGUUUCUUUUCCUUAAUCCUUGCCUUUAUGCUGCAAGUACUUUAUACUCCUUUUUAUCAUUGAUGAUGUUAGUGGCUGAAUUAAUUAUGAUAAACCAAGCCUGCAGAUAAGAUGGUUUUGCUUGGCCACAUUCAGUUCUUAAAAAGUCUAAAAGGACAGUCAUUAUGAUCUUUGUUUUUCUUGUAAUCAUUAUCAUUGUGAUUUCGUAGACAGCUAGUUCACAACUAGUUGAUGAAAGUUUUAGGUCAAGUAGGAUUGAAUAAGCAUGACUCUUGGACUAUCCUGAUAACUUGAGAUUUUCAACCACAAUUUUAUCAUUGAACCUGAUCCUUCUAUAUAACACUAAUGCAUCAAGUUUCCUCCUUGCUAGCUCCUGUUCUGUUUUCGUUAUUUUAAUUAAUUUAUUUAGUUCUAUCAGUUUCUACUUUUUUUAAUAUGGAUACCUCCUGAAUAAUGAUCAUGUAAAUCUCUGUUAUAGUUGAUACUAAAUAAGAACUGUAGCUAGUUAGCACAUGAAGUAAAGAUCACAGGUAAAUAUAAUUUAAAUGAUGGGUGUUCCAAGUUCAAGACAAGAUGUUGCUUCAAUAUCAUCAGUACUACUAGAACAGCGAUGGAAUGUACUUCAGGGUGGGUGAUGAUCUAUGAAUUUGGUGGUGGUGAUAUAAUUUUCACCAGUAGUACGUAUAAGUGCUUGCCAUGGAAGUACAUGCUCAAAAUGAUAGAGCUUCAAUGGCUUGUCAAUACUCCCCUAUUGUAAUUAGUACUUUUUGCCAUGGGACCUCCAUAACUUCUUAGUAAUCUCCAAUUUGUAUAAUGUAAAAGCUCAUGGACAUUGUUGAUAUUUAAAGUCAUAGCAAUAUACAACUCCAUUGCUGCUUCA